AUGAUAUCUAAAUUUAAACAAAUUUUACUACUGAUUCUCAUCUUAAAUUAAUCAAAAGCUAGUUUUUAAAGUUAUUAUUGGAUUAGUAGCUAAACCCAAAGUAUUAAUUGAUAAUAUUUUUAGACUUAAACAGUAUACAAUGGGAUACAAUUUGUUCCUGUUGUUCAUUUUAAUAUGAAUUAUGUGGCUUAGAAACGAUAUUAGUUAUUAAUUAAUGCUCUUUGAAUGAUUACAAUUAAAUAGUAUUUAAAACUCUCAGGUUAUAACCUCAUUACCAAAUUAAACUUACAUUUAUUUUUUGGAGGUAAUACAUCUUACACAAUAUUAGAAUUGAUGAAUGGAAUGAUUAUGACUUUGAUGUUUAUUUAGAUUAUUAAAGAGUACACUCAAAUUAAUAUUCCCACAUAACUAGUAAUUAAAAUAUAUGUAGAAAUUCACUUUAUAAUGAUGAAUUAUAUCCAAUAUCAAUUACUAUUCCUCAUACAAUGACAUCUAUUACAGUUAUGUUAGUUGUAGAAAGAGGAAUUUGGGGAAUAUCUUAAAUGAUUUUAGAAGCCAAAUUAUGUCCAGUAGAUUGUGAAUCUUGUAUAGAAAAUCAAUGUUUAGAUUAAUUCCUACAUUUUUCUACAUUAGUAUAACAAUUAGUAGUUAAUUCAUCUGAGGGUUGGUUAACAAAUAAUUAAAUUUAGACUACAAUUUAGACGUUUCUCUGUAAUUUUUAUUUCUAUAAUAGAGGCCAAAUUUCUUUAACCAAAUGCAAAUCAUCUAAUAAAUGAAAUUGAAUUAAUUCCUCAUCAAGCAAUAAGUAUAUAAAUUAAAGUGCUUAUUUAUAAUUCAAAUCCAACAGAAAUCAAUAUUGAAAUUGAUGAUGUUCUAAUAUCAAGAACAUAAUAUACAGAGGGUUGGAUAAAAUAUAAGAAUGGUUAUGGAUAUAGAUCUUAAAAAUCAAUAAGCAUCCAUUAAUAUCCUCACAUUAAUGAUAAAGCCAAAAUCUCUAUCUCUCUUUAAUUAACCAAAUAAGAACCUACUUUCUCAUUAUAUUUUGCGAUUCGAGAUUUUCAACUAUUUCUAAAAUCUUCUUUAUUUGAAUAUCCUUGUAAUGAUGAUAAUCUCUUACCAUAUGAUGGAUGUUUUUAAAAAAACUUUGAUUGUAUAGAAGGUUGUAGUAAUUGUGUUAGAGGAUUAUGUUUGGAUUGUAAAGUAGGUUGGGAAUAUUUUGAGAAAGAAUACCUAUGUAUUCCGAUUUGCGGUGAUCUCAUAAUUACUUUUAAUGAAGAAUGCGAUGAUGGUAAUAAUAUACUUUAUGAUGGUUGUUAUUAAUGUAAACAUUCUUGUCCCUAAAAUUGUAGGAUCUGUGAAUUUGGAAAAUGUUUGGAAUGUAAUGUAAAUUAUUAAUUAUCUUCAAAUAAAAAACAAUGUAAUUCAAUUUGCUUUAAUGAUGUAAAAAUCUUAAAUGGAAUUUUUCAAUACUAGAGUAGCAGAGAAUGGGAUAGUAAUUAAUAAUGUUAAUAAAGUUGUUAAUUAGAGUGUAAAUUAUGCAUAGAUAAUAAUUGUUACUAAUGUAUUGAUGGGUGGAAACUUGAAAAUAAUGAAUGUAAUAAAUUUUGUGGAGAUGAAUAAGUUGCUAUUAAUUCUAUAGAAUUGUGUGAUGAUGGAAAUUAUAAUGAUAAUGAUGGUUGUUAUUAAUGUUAAUUUGAAUGCAUACCUUAUUGUUAUUUUUGUUCAAAUUAAACUACUUGUUUAUUUUGUUAAUAAUAUUUCAUUUUAUAAGAUAAUUAAUGUCUUCCAAAUUGUGGAGAUGGAAUUAUUAUAUAAGAUUUAGAGGAGUGUGAAGAUUUAAAUGACAAACCUUAUGAUGGAUGUUAUUAAUGUAAAUAUUCAUGUAUAUAAAACUGUGAAAUAUGUUAAUUAGGAAUCUGUUUAUAAUGUAAUAAAGGAUAUAUAAUCUUUGAUAAUUUUUGUAUGA